CUCAAGAAAAAGAGGAUUAGGCGGCCUAAUGGACUUUGACCAUGGCAUCUGACGUUCAAAUAUGAAAAAGAUUCCAUGGACCAUUUGCAUCAGGAUCAUGGUAAACCUUGGGUUCCUGGGGCCAACUCCAGAGCUACUGGGACCCAGGAAUCUGCAUUUUGACAAACCAUCCUGGUCAUUCUCAUGCAAUGAAAUACUUGAAAGCCACCGCCUUAGAGAGUAGAGAGCCUGCCAGAAAGGAGGGAUUAUUAUCUCAUUUUACGGAAGGCUCAGAAACAACAUGGCCCCUUAACAACCAGUUGAUGGUGAUGCCAGGUUCGACCGCCUGCUUCCCAGUGCACUACUCCCAUGUGCACACACUACAGUCUGCCCACAGAUGUCCACCGGAUGCCAGAAUCAGGAUUUCCAAAACCUCUCUCCCACCAUCUACUGUCCCGUCCUUGCGGGCAGGACUUAACUGAACUGGGGCAAUGUGAGAAUUUAGAAAUAUGUACAGGGGAGCAUUCAGCUCAAAACUCCGGGCUUUGUGGGGCUCGCAAGUCCUAGGCUGGGGCCUCCAGGUGGGCACAUCUGGGAGGCUGAAUCUGCCAAUAGGCCCCCCUCCUGAGUCCAGCUCCGCAUCUGGGCGCCUCCGGCCCAGGUGCGCAGGAAGGAGGCUGUGGCUGUGUCGCGCAAAGCCCCUCACGGCCGCGAGGUGGCGCCAUAGCCGCAGCAGCGCCUGCCGGCCCGGGCCGCUCCAGAUAAGAGUGUGCGGAAAGCGCGGCGGGGCUGAGACGCGACCAGGACGCGGGGAGGACGGACCAGCAGGACAGACCGACCGGGGGCCCGGCGGGCGGAGGGCAGCGCAGCCACGUCCCCCCUGGAUCCGCCGGCAGCCGGGCCCGGGGCUUCCGACAUGCCCCCCAGGAGAUUGUGCUGGGCAGACGAUGCUGGACACGAUGGAGGCGCCCGGCCACUCGAGGCAGCUGCUGCUGCAGCUCAACAACCAGCGCACCAAGGGCUUCUUGUGCGACGUGAUCAUCGUGGUGCAGAACGCCCUCUUCCGCGCACACAAGAACGUGCUGGCGGCCAGCAGCGCCUACCUCAAGUCCCUGGUGGUGCAUGACAACCUGCUCAACCUGGACCAUGACAUGGUGAGCCCGGCCGUGUUCCGCCUGGUGCUGGACUUCAUCUACACCGGCCGCCUGGCUGAUGGCGCGGAGGCUGCGGCGGCGGCCGCCGUGGCCCCGGGGGCCGAGCCGAGCCUGGGCGCCGUGCUGGCUGCCGCCAGCUACCUGCAGAUCCCCGACCUCGUGGCGCUGUGCAAGAAACGCCUCAAGCGCCACGGCAAGUACUGCCACCUGCGGGGCGGCGGCGGUGGCGGCGGCGGCUACGCACCCUACGGGAGGCCAGGCCGGGGCCUGAGGGCUGCCACGCCCGUCAUCCAGGCCUGCUACUCGUCCCCGGCCGGGCCUCCGCCGCCGCCCACCGCCGAGGCGCCGUCGGGCCCCGAGGCCGCGGUGAACACGCACUGCGCCGAGCUGUACGCCUCGGGCCCCGGCCCGGCCGCCGCGCUCUGCGCCCCGGAGCGCCGCUGCUCCCCGCUCUGCGGCCUGGACCUGUCCAAGAAAAGCCCGCCGGGCUCCGCGCCUCCCGAGCGGCCGCCGGGCGAGCGCGAGCUGCCCCCGCGCCCAGACAGCCCUCCCAGCGCCGGCCCCGCAGCCUACAAGGAGCCACCGCUCGCCCUGCCGCCCCUGCCGCCGCUGCCCUUCCAGAAGCUGGAGGAGGCCGGACCGCCUCCGGACCCAUUCCGCGGCGGCGGCGGCGGCGGCAGCCCGGGACCCGAGCCCCCCGGCCGCCCCGACGGGCCCAGCCUCCUCUACCGCUGGAUGAAGCACGAGCCAGGCCUGGGCAGCUACGGCGACGAGCUGGGCCGCGAGCGCGGCUCCCCCAGCGAACGAUGCGAGGAGCGAGGCGGGGACCCGGCCGCCUCGCCCGGGGGUCCUCCGCUCGGCCUGGCGCCGCCGCCGCGCUACCCGGGCAGCUUGGACGGGCCUGGCGCGGGCGGCGACGGCGACGACUACAAGAGCAGCAGCGAGGAGACGGGCAGCAGCGAGGACCCCAGCCCGCCCGGCGGCCACCUCGAGGGCUACCCGUGCCCGCACCUCGCCUAUGGCGAGCCCGAGAGCUUCGGCGACAACCUGUACGUGUGCAUCCCGUGCGGAAAGGGCUUCCCCAGCUCGGAGCAGCUGAACGCGCACGUGGAGGCGCACGUGGAGGAGGAGGAGGCGCUGUACGGCAGGGCCGAGGCGGCUGAGGUGGCUGCAGGGGCCGCCGGCCUCGGGCCCCCUUUUGGAGGCGGUGGGGACAAGGUCGCUGGGGCUCCGGGGGGCCUGGGCGAGCUGCUGCGGCCGUACCGCUGCGCGUCGUGCGACAAGAGCUACAAGGACCCGGCCACGCUGCGGCAGCACGAGAAGACGCACUGGCUGACCCGGCCCUAUCCGUGCACCAUCUGCGGGAAGAAGUUCACGCAGCGCGGGACCAUGACGCGCCACAUGCGCAGCCACCUGGGCCUCAAGCCCUUCGCUUGCGACGCGUGCGGCAUGCGCUUCACGCGCCAGUACCGCCUCACCGAGCACAUGCGCAUCCACUCGGGCGAGAAGCCCUACGAGUGCCAGGUGUGCGGCGGCAAGUUCGCCCAGCAACGCAACCUCAUCAGCCACAUGAAGAUGCACGCCGUGGGUGGCGCGGCCGGCGCGGCCGGGGCGCUGGCGGGGCUGGGGGGGCUCCCCGGCGUCCCCGGCCCCGAUGGCAAGGGCAAGCUCGACUUCCCCGAGGGCGUCUUUGCUGUGGCGCGCCUCACGGCUGAACAGCUGAGCCUGAAGCAGCAGGACAAGGCGGCUGCGGCCGAGCUGCUGGCCCAGACCACGCACUUCCUGCACGACCCCAAGGUGGCGCUCGAGAGCCUCUACCCGUUGGCCAAGUUCACUGCGGAGCUGGGCCUCAGCCCCGACAAGGCGGCCGAGGUGCUGAGCCAGGGAGCGCACCUGGCCGCCGGCCCCGACGGCCGGACCAUCGACCGUUUCUCCCCGACCUAGAGCGGUCUUGCCGCCGCGUGGCCCCGGCCCGCGCCCCUAGGCAGCGGCGGCGGGGGCCACCAUCAGGCAGGCACACCGCGCCCGACGACUGUAGUAGCUGCGGCAGCGUCGCCGCAGGGGCGGCGGCCCCACCUGGCCUCACUGCUUUGUGCCUUAGCCCGGG